AUGACAAACCGAAACAACGAGAACGAUGAGCCGAGCAACCACCCCGCCUGCGCCGCCUGCAAGAACCAGCGCAAGAAGUGCGCCGUCGGCUGCCUCCUCCGCCCCCACUUCCCGGCGUCCGAACCCGAGGCGUUCGCCGCCGUCCACAAGGUGUUCGGCGUUGCCAACGUCACCAAGAUGCUGCGGGAGGCCCAAUCCCCCGCCGACCAGUACGAGAUUGCCCGGUCCCUCCACUGGGAAUCCGCGAUGUGGGUCCGCGACCCGGUCCGCGGGCCCUACGGGUUAUUCGCCCGGGUCCAGGACGAGAACCAGGCCCUCCGGGAACACGCCAACCGGCAGCGCCUCCUGCUUUCCCAGUUUAUUGGGCCCGGCGAUCCAAGGGGCAAUUACGGAAAUUCGAUGGCGGCCGAACCGGAGGGCGGGCCGGUGGCGUAUCGGCCGGAAUUCGAGCCGGGGUUCGUUUUCCAGCAGCAGUUGGAUGGGAAUGUGAAUUUGAUUAGGCGGCCGCUGGUGUACGGGCCCGGUGGCCCCGUUGGGCAAUUUGGUCAUUUUGUCGGGCCGCAAGAGGGCAGUAGUAUGAGGGCAAAUCAGGAAUUUGACUACGGGUCAUGGCCGCAGGACCAAAAUCACAGGAGCCCUAAGCAGGAGAAGUUUCAAUAG